GAAACAGUUACAACGUGAGCUGUCAUGUCAAUGUCAGAUUUCUUCGUAUUUUAUCGAUUUCUUUGUUGUGUUUAGAUGUAGAUUUAAUAUUUUGUUCGUUAUUCACUGAAUUUUUCAAAUUCAUAUUAUUGUUGCAUUCAUGUUUUUCAAAUAAUAUUACCUGUAAGUGAAGAAAAUGUGAUUUUGAGUUUUGGAUUUGACCCCUAACCUAUAUUUAUUUUCUUACGAGGAAAACAGUCAACAAAAUGGAUAUUUCAGAUUUAGAGCCCUUAAGAUCAAAGGAAGAAUUGAGUGAACUUCUUCACCUGGCAAAAAUAGACAAAUCGGAUUUGUGUAAUUUAACGCAAAUCAUAUACGCUGAGAAACAAAAAGAUUUUUCGAAUAAGAAACUAAUAGAAUUGGACAAAAAAUUAUUGGAAGCAGUACAAUUAGGCGACAGCUUAUCGUUUCGAGGAGAAACGGGAGAAUUUGUAGUUCUGUGUACAAAAGAUCGAACCUACGAUGUGAGAGAAGCCGAAACAUCAAACUCGUUGCUUCUUGUACCAAAUUUAAAGUUUCACACAGAAAUAAUUGAUUCCGAAUCUAAUAAUAGAUCGAUUGAAGACUUGGAAGUAAAAGGAAAUUUCGCCUCUUAUUUAGAAGUACGAGAAAUUAAACCUAGGUUUAAUAAACUCACUCAAAUAUUAGGAGAAACUGCCUUCAGAGGGAUAGAGUACGAAAAAGGGAUAGAUAAAGAAAAAUUGUUCGAUUGGGAUAAGCUUCGGUCUAAAAUUCAAGCAAGUGAUGAAGAAUUAAAGCAGGCACUUCCCCAGUAUUCAAUUGUAAAUAUAGACGGAUAUUAUCGACUUGUGUCCUUUGACUAUGAAGCAGACGCUGUAUCAAAAAUGGUAGAUUUGAUUACUUAUAAUUCGUGGGAGAUUGAUGAAGUUGAUAGGGAAGAAUCGCUUGAAGCUCUACACGAAUUGAUUCCUGAACCUGUGUUUAAUGCCCUUUUCGACAAAUAUACAGAGAUUGCGAAGCAAAGAGAAGAUCCGACUGGGAAUCCAAAUGCAAGUGAAAAAUCGAAAACAACUCCACUUUAUAGGUAUAACGAAGAAAAACUUUGUAAAAUGCUUGCUAAAGUUUUGCUCGCAGUUUCUCCGGUGACGGAGUACACAGGAUUUAUGGAUGCCUGGGAAACCGGAGUUCCUGAGGGAAUGAAACCCAAAGAGGAAUGUUUGUAUGGCCUAGCAGUUGUUAAAAUGAACAACGAAAUCGGAAGGAGGGAAAUAGUUUCAUUUCCAGAAGAACAUUUGCCUGAAAAUGUCGAAAAAAGAUUCGAGGAACUCUUCAAAGUAAAAGAUAAAUGGACACUUGAAGAAAUCACGCCUUAUAUUUCAAAUGUAGCAACGGAAAAAUUAAACGUAAAGGCUCUCCUAACGAAAUACGCCCGGUCGUCGAUGAAAAACGGAAUAAAGUAUUAUAGCUCGAAACAUGGAAAAUAAGUAAGUUUCUCUGAAAUGAUUAAAUAAAUAAAUAAAUACAGAAAUGAAAUCAUACACA